CUACAGCUGCCAUUCGAGCUGACAGAGGCUCAUUUAACCCGAGAAGUCCCACCUGCAGCUGCAAACCCAUGUGCCUCCAUCUCAUUUGAGAGAAAUCAUCAGUGGUCAAUCUCGUUUGAGAGAUACGCUACCCCCGUUGCCAUGGCCAUCUUCACCUCCUCCUCUUCCUCCAGCUUCUUCCUCCUCCUGCUGCUGCUGCUCGUCGCGCCAUGGCGGUCGGGCGAGGCUGCGGCGGCGACGACGGCUCUCAACUUCACCAGACAGGAUUUCCCCAGGGAGUUCGUCUUCGGGGCCGGCACGUCGGCUUACCAGUAUGAAGGAGCUACUGACGAAGACGGAAGGAGUCCAAGCGUCUGGGACACUUUUACUCGUGCAGGUAGUAUGCCGGACAAGAGCACCGGCGACCGGGCCGCCGGCGGCUACCACAAGUACAAGGAGGAUGUCAAGUUGAUGAGUGAUACUGGCCUGGAGGCCUACCGGUUCUCCAUUUCUUGGUCUAGGCUUAUUCCAAGAGGAAGAGGAGCCGUCAAUCCGAAAGGGCUGGAGUACUACAAUAACCUGAUAGAUGAACUAGUCAAACGGGGGAUUGAGAUACAUGUGACUCUCUACCACCUCGAUUUCCCUCAAAUUCUCGAAGAUGAGUACCAUGGCUGGCUGAGCCCAAGGAUCAUUGAGGAUUUCACGGCGUACGCGGACGUGUGCUUCAGGGAGUUCGGCGACCGGGUGAAGCACUGGACCACCCUGGACGAGCCCAACGUGAUCGCCCUCGCCGCCUACGACAACGGCAUCUUCCCGCCGUGCCGCUGCUCGCCGCCGUUCGGCCUCAACUGCACCGCCGGCGACUCCACCACUGAGCCCUACGUCGUCGCCCACAACUCCAUCUUGGUGCAUGCCUCCGUUGCCACCUUGUACAGGGACAAGUACCAGGCUACCCAGAAGGGGUUUGUUGGCAUUAAUGUCUACAGUUUCUGGAACUACCCGUUCUCCUCCAGCUCUGCUGACAUUGCAGCAACUCAGAGAGCAAUGGUUUUCACCAUUGGUUGGAUCUUGGAACCCUUGGUGCAUGGAGACUACCCUGAAAUCAUGAAGGAGAGGGCCGGGUCCAGGAUCCCAUCCUUCACAAAAGAGCAGUCUGAGCUCAUCCGUGGGAGCGCUGAUUUCAUUGGCAUCAACCACUACACGUCGGUGUACAUCAGCGACGGAUCGAAUGGCCAAGACACGGAUCUUCGGGACUACACUGCUGACAUGGCUGCAACCUUCAGAAUUUCGAGGAAUGAUACACCGAGCGGUCAGUUUGUCCCUACUAAUCUUCCAAAGGAUCCGAAGGGGCUGCAAUAUAUACUCGAAUACCUUCGCGACACAUACCCAGGCGUCCCUGUUUAUGUUCAAGAAAAUGGUCUCUCUACGAACGAUUCACUCAAUGACACUGAAAGAGUGGAAUACUUGAGUAGCUACAUGGGUAGCGCAUUGGCUGCACUAAGGAACGGUGCCAAUGUGAAGGGUUACUUCGUGUGGUCAUUUCUCGAUGUGUUCGAGCUGCUAGCAGGGUACCACUCGCCAUACGGCCUGCAUCGGGUGGAUUUCGAGGAUCCAAGCCUCCCAAGGCAGCCGAAGUUCUCUGCACAUUGGUACUCCAAGUUCUUGAGGGGUGAAGUUGGGAUCGACAUAGAGAGCAUCACCAGUCCUGCUGGUGGAUAUGAACAUUCUGAUCAAUGAGCUAGCUUGUCAGCUUUCAGCAUUCAGGCAGCACUGCAUGGUACUACUCAGUUGGAGGAGAUGAUCAUAUAUAGUGUUUCUUCUUUCUAUCUUAUCUCUUUUCUGUCUCCCUCUUCUGGUUAAAAGAAGAGCCAUUUUAAGGUGCUCAACCUUACCUUUACUAUGGAGGUAAGAGUUUCGAACCAAUCUCCACCAUUGAUAGUUAAUUUUAUAUUUGUAAUUUUAGGUAUAUUUGUAUGUCUCAAUUAAUAAAUAAAUAGCUUGAAUGGGAAAAGUAACACACACAGCAUUUUCUCACGGAACACACAUCCACAAUUAAGUCAUGCAUGGCAGAAAUUAGGGGAAUUAACUUCCUAUUUUACACAAAGCUUAUCAUUAUGACUUUGCAUGCA